AGUCAGUCAACAGAUAAAGACCAUCCUUCCUUAUUUUCUUCAAUCACAUAUAAAUGCAUACUCGCACCUCUUCCCUCGUUAGGUGACCGGAUAUCAUGAAUAUCUUGCGCAGUGGGGGUAAUAUUCCCCGUAUUCUGCGAUCCUGUCAACCCCAGAGUGUUCUCCGCAUUGGAAGCCCCAUCACGUCCGUGCUGAGCCGGGGAUUCCACGCAGGGCCUGCAUUAUGGGGUAUCAAGUCACAGAUCUUGAAAGAUGUCGGGGAAGGUAUCACUGAGGUCCAGAUCAUUCAGUGGUAUGUCGAAGAAGGGGCACACAUUGAGGAAUGGAAGCCUUUGUGUCAGUACCAGUCUGACAAAGCUGUGGAUGAUAUCACAUCGCGGUACGAAGGCGUGAUCAAGAAGCUCCAUUUCGAGGCCGAUGAUACUGUUCCAACGGGGCGGGCACUCUGUGACAUCGAGGUUGUAGAUGGAAAAUACCACGAUGACAACCCACCACACGAAUCACAAGCAGCUCCUGAAGCAGCUGCGCCAAGUCCUGAAUCACAGAUAGUGGCAGCAACUCAAGCUGCCGAAGGCUCUACAGUACCUCAGUCAUCCCCUCCGUCCUCCGAAGACAUCUCCGAGAUACCCAAGUCGAAGCAUGCAUCCCUUGCAACCCCUGCUGUGCGGGGACUACUCAAGACCCACAAUGUCGAUAUCCUAGACCUCACCGGGACAGGCAAAGAGGGGAGGGUCAUGAAAGAAGACGUCCUUAAAUUUGUUGAAACUCGAGACUCUCCUACAGCAUCUCUCUCGGGCCCAGUGCAAAUUUCCAGUACACCAGACACCAAGCAGACCGAGUCCGAGGUCAAACUAACCCCAAUUCAAUCAGCCAUGUUCAAGACAAUGACCAAAUCUCUCAAUACCCCACACCUCCUCUUUGCCGACGAGCUGACAGUCGGCGACAUCUCCUCCAUCCGAAAGAAGCUUGGUAGCGAUUCUCGAGAUCCGAAGAAAAUUACCCUCCUACCCUUCAUUGUUAAGGCCGUCUCCCUCGCUCUCAACGAAUUCCCUAUUCUUAACGCCAGAGUAGACGCUAGCACUCCAGAGAAACCGAAGUUGGUCAUGCGAGCCAAGCACAAUAUCGGCAUUGCUAUGGACACACCCACCGGCCUCAUCGUCCCCAAUAUCAAGGAUGUGGCAAGCCGAUCCAUCUUUGACAUCGCAGCCGAGAUUUCACGGCUCAGUGCACUCGGCAAGGCUGGAAAAUUGACAUCUGCUGAUCUGGGCGGCGGCACCAUUACUGUCUCCAAUAUCGGAAACAUCGGUGGCACAUACGUUGCACCUGUGAUCGUGCCGACGGAGGUUGCCAUUCUUGGUAUUGGACGGACGAGGACACUACCUGUUUUUGAUGAGGCAGGCCAGGUCACAAAGGGCGAGCUAGUAAAUUUCAGCUGGAGUGCUGACCAUCGUGUCAUUGAUGGAGCGACUAUGGCACGCAUGGGCAAUCGUGUGAGGGAGUUGAUUGAAUCGCCCGAGUUGAUGCUGCUCAAUCUUCGGUGA